AUGUCUUUCUCAUCAUCAUCAUUUCUAAAACGAAAGCGAGAAUUAUUGGAUUUUGAAAAAAAUAAAAUGUCUUGGAAUGACAAUGACAAAGAUCCAAGUGUUGAACAUGUCGAAAUGUAUUCACUUCCGGAUGAAUUGAUUGAAACAAUUUUAUUUUUUGUAAAUCCCGAGGAAAUGGUUGUACUCAAACCAGUAUUAAUUUCAAAACAAUGGAAAUCUAUUUUUGAGAGUGAGCAUUUUGAAAAGAUGUAUAUUUACAAUGUUUUUGAAAUGAAUGAUGAAAAGAAGGAAGAUUUGGAUAGAAUUUUAGAAAAUGUACAAGCAUGUCCCAGGUUGUUAGACAUGAAUUUUCCUUCAACUUUUAAGGAAAUUUUCAGAAAAUUAUUGAAGUGUGUUGCUAAAUAUCCUCUAGACUAUCACACCACAAUGUUGAAAUUGUUAAACAAAUACAAGGAAAAGAACGACUAUAAAUUGCUCUCCAAAAUUAUACAAUGCACACGUGCAGAACAAGACCUCAAGACCAAGAAACUUGCUCCAUUUACUAUCAAACUAAAUAGUGAGACUCAUCCAAGAGUGAAAUGUCUAAAUUAUCAUUCUAAACGACUCUUUGUAACUCGUUCUGAAACAAAUGAGGUACAGGUUCAAGCAUAUUUUCACGCUACCACUAAUUUUGAGUGUACAGCAUUUCUUGAUAAUGGAUAUCCAUUAGAUUUAGAGAUUUUCUACGAAGAUUGUAGACGCGAGGGUGCUUUUAAAUUAGCCAUUAACAGUGUACCAUUAUUUAAUUUUAUAUGGACUGAAGAUUCAGAUGAUUUCAACAUUCGACAAGACAAGGUGACAUUAUUGAAAGACAACAUUCUUGACUUUAAGUUAGAGGAGCCCAUUGAUUUUGAAGAAGACCUAGAUGAGAUUGUGUUAUUCAACACUCUCUUGUUUGUAUGGAUUAAGAACGGGCUAGUAGAUCCAAGCCUUAUAAUUCCAGAUAGCAUAUUCGACCUUCCUACACUAUAUGCUGUUACAGCAGCACGUAAUUUUCGACAAGCUCUCAAAUGA